CCCCGUGUAACAUGAAUGUUUUUAUGUACAUAAUCGACGUGAUCGGUACAUGUAUGUACAUGUAUGUACAUGUAAGUAUAUGUAGAUGUACAUGUGAUCUGCUGAGCUCAGCCAUGGAGGAAGCUUGAAGUUGAUGGAAACAAGACCAGAUCAGCUGACAAUUCACUCUGGAAGGUGGUAUCUGUUCAUUGUUAUGACAGUGAAUUAUUGCUGAUCUCCAAUUUCCAAACGUUUCUUUUUUUUGGGUUGGUGUGAAUGUGAUGCAUGGUGAUGUGUCCUCUGCUCUGGAUGCUUGCCGACUAGAUACAGAAUUUGAUUGGGAUGAUCUGAAUUGUUCCCUGGAUGUCAUGACAGAUCACACCUUUUCCCUGAACGAUGGUGCGACUGAUCAAGAGGCUCAUAUGCCAUCUCUUCCUUGUUCUUCUCCUGGCCCUGGCAGUGUUUUUCCUGUUUCUGUGUCACAAGAUGACGAGCAAAAGAUGCACAAAAGAGGGUUCCCUUGCUAUUCUACGCAAGCUGUGUGCUUUGUAUGCUGUCGGCAAAGUUGACGGCAACUUCUGCCCCAAGAUAUGCAGCUCCAGUUCCUUCCAAUACGAGAGGUGCUUCAACCGUGUGGAGGGUAAGAAGGUCAUGGAGGUCAUGGUGGAUGAUCGCCGUGCAGUGCUCAAAUCCCGCCACGCCAACUUGUCAGAAUACGAGCCGCUUUUCCAGGGGUUACUGAACGAGGAUAGUGGUGCAAAAUCCUCAGAUCGGCUUAUGACGCGGGAGACGUUUGCCAGCGUGGUGCAUGACCGUAUCCAGUCGACCUUUGGCAUCAAGUUGGACGUCCGUAAGGAAGAGCUGCUACGUCGUGUCUUGGUUGGGCCCGGCCACAUCUCUGAGGACUUUACCACCAUACAGAUGAACAGUCUCUGGGCAUUGUUGCAGCAGGAAGAAUACCUCUUUUUUACUUUUUUCAAAGAAAAGUCCUUCUUCCCUGAAAUUUAUGGUGCAUGUGGGCAUUUUUACGUGGAGGAAUACUUUCCUCCAAGUGCCAUCCUACAACAAUUGCCAUCGCACGGCGUACUGGAACGGUACCAGUCUUCUUCCUGGCAGAUGCGUGCCAAAGCUGCCAUAGGUUUACUUGAUAUUGUCAGAGCUACAGAGACAGAGUUCAAAGACAUUCUACAUCUCUGUGACGUGAAGCCAGAGAAUUUUGGCAUAGUAGACUCUAGAGUGAAAGCCAUCGACAUUGACAUCAGUUUCUUUGAUAACACAAUGCGCAACUUCCUGGAACAGCCUGACUGUACGAGUGAUAAAGACUGCGACUUCUUUGACUGUCACGGAAAGUGCAACUUGGCAGUUAAGAAAUGUACCAGGGAACGGAAAAACAACAACUUCCAGGCCAUAUGUAAUGACGUCUUCCUUCGCAAGGUCACCAGUCCUGGUCUUCUGCGACACUCACCUCCGAAAAUCGAAGAGGAAAUCUCCCAGCUGUUACAGAAGUGCGUCUAUCCGGAUGAGGGGGAAAGAGUGGCCAAGGGCUCAACCACAGAGACAUUCCAAAGGCUUUACAGGCUUCUAUCAGACAGUAUAGAGCGGGGAGACCAAUAGUCAGACAGUUAAAUAUUUCAGUCUGUACAACACCUGAACAUGAAACAAAUCCCUGUCAUCGAGUUGGGAGAUUAGUGAUAACGUGCCAUCGAAUAAUUCGGUGUAUUCAACGGUGCAUACUUUGAACAACGGUGCGACCAUUGAACAUGCUUGUAAAAUAUUCUUUUGGAUUGUGCACAUGCUUUGUGAGCAUAGUCACUGCUUGUUGCACAAUGAACGUUUUACUGCAUGCACACAAGGUAGAGGGCAGUUACAGCUCGUUCACUCAGACAAAAAUUUAGUCACAGGUUAAAAUGUGAAAACUUUGUUGCACUUUUGGGACAAGCUGCGGCAGCUUGCAUGCACAGAGGAUUUACUCACGUGUUAUAUAAAAGGUAUUAAUCUUUCCACACUUGUGCAGUGGAAAGACUAAUUCCACAAGGUGACCGAUUCAGCGUGUCAUGCCACCCGGCCAUUCAAUCUAUCACUCCAUAAAAAUGAUCCUUACCUGUGCAUUUGUAAAUGUUUAUUUAUCUGUUAAAAACUUACAAUUAAGAAACAAGACAGGGUUGUACUGUUGAAGAAAGACAACAAACCUUUCCUGGUGAAAAGUUUGUUAAAUGUUUGGCUACUUCCAUGUAUGCAGAUCUGCCAACCUUUCCAUACUCCUUCCUGAGGUCAGGCAUUACCACACAAAAGAUUAAAAGGUAUUUAAAUGAACCUUGAGAUCAUUCAAAAUUUUAAUCUAUUGUGUGGUAAUGGGUGACAUCAGGAAGGAUUAAGGCAGGUUGACAAUGGUUGACUGGUCCCUGUAUGCCACACAUUACCAACGCACUGGCAGUUGCAUGAAGUCUGCAUCAGCCUAAUAUUUUUUUGCCAGAUUGAAAAAAAAAAAUUGACCCCAUCUUUUCAAAACUAGGCUGCAGGGCUUUAAGCCAUUUUCUGGAAAUUUUGUAUUACACUCAGGAACACUGCGUAUUUCACAACCUUCAUUGGCCCAUCUACAUGUACCAAAGCUGUCUACAGCCUUUUAAAAAACUUUUGAUCACUUGAUGUACAUGUAUGACAGGUUUACUGAGGUACAGAGGAAUAGUUUGAGAAUUCUCCGAUAUUAGUCUGAGAAUGUGCUGUAGAAAGGCCUGGUUUUACAGUAGUUCAGGAGGUGUUUUUAUAUAACUUACACACCGAUACUUCUCAUUUGAUUAGCGGAACUCACAUCUUGUGACGCUCCUAUUUACUUACUGUUGAAGAGUAGAUCCAUUAUUUAUUACAUUAUUCACUCCGGGGCUGAGAUAGUCCCAUUUGCCCAUAGCGAAUGGAAUUUACUAUUCAACAGUUGGGGUCAACCUUGUUCCAUAUCCAACAUUAUUUUUCCAUGAAAGACAAAUCCCGCGACAACAGUAAUGCCAUAUCACUGGUCAUUUCCAAUGGCCCCUACUGAUGGCGGUAAGCACUAUAACUACAGUAAUGUAUGGAGCCACUGUUCCUGGCAGUCAUUCCAAGGAAAACUCGUCACAGUGCUUUCCACCAUUAGAAGGGAGCCUUUGGGAAAUGUCCAGUGAAACCUCACUGGAUUUGUUGAUUCCCGUAGAAUUUUAAAGUUUUCGUGAAGUAUUUAAUACACAAGUUCAAAUGUAUGUAGAUGAAGUUUUUAUUUUGCAUGUCGAUGCACACAAAUAAACAAUUUGAAAAGAUACAGUGUCUACAAACAUGCUGCAUAAACUCUCCAAACUUGGCUGCAAAAUUUUUUAUUGCACACAAUUUUCCUUUUGUACAAUCUGUGUCAACACUGUAUCAAAAUAGAUCUCAUUUGAUUCCAUCAUUAAAUCAAGUAAUUAACACAAAAAAUAAUGCCUAAAUACAAGCAAAUUUUUUCUUAUUGAUUGGCCAAUCUCACAUGAAAGUAAUCAGAACAACUGAAGUGUGUUUCUGAAGUGCAGUACAAUACAUGCAGCAGGUUUUUUUUUCUUGUGCCAGGUUCGUCAAAGACCCACUGAUUCCCAAUGCCUUUGAGAAGAAUUCACCAAGAAAUUCAUCACAAAGAUUCAAACUCUACUAAAAAAUCUGUUUUUCAUGAUCUUGUACACAGCACUCAGAACCUGCAGGUAAAUUACGCCAUUCUUUAUUAGUGCUGGAGGAUAAAUUUUCACUUUUAAAGCAAUUUCAUAAGAAUUUUGCUUCCGGGCUAAGCAAACUUCAGUUGAAGGUAACCAAGAGAAGACAGUAAAUAUUCAUCUGAACACUAGAAUUAGUGAGAAAAAUUAAGUUGUGCAAGUUUUUUCUUAUUGCCAUCCAGAAAGGGAGGCUUUGAGGAGAGAGACCGGUGGCAGCAGCCAUUCCAGCCUUGCGUGUGCUAAAGAGCGGUGCAUGCAUACUCAGAACUGUAUGCACAUGCUCAGGGCUGGCAAAAAGGUAUAAUUGUUGCCACCAGCAUCUCAAAAUCUCCCACUGAAUUGUCUCAGUGAGAAAGUUAAGGAACAGAUGACUUGCACUGCAAACUAUGUGCCAUUUUUUUAUAACAAAAGUCUUCCUUGUCGAUUCUAACAUACUCUUUCUUUGUGGGCAUGAGUUUAUAACCUUUUUAUUUAUUUUUUUUGUGAAGCUCAACACAGUAUAUUGUACAACUGUAAAUAAAGCUUUUAUAUUUCUUAAAAUGAACUUUUCUUCAACAAGACAGUAACAGCCCAUAUGGGAGCAGGGGCACUGUAAUGAUGCAAAUUCCGAGAUACAAAGAAUAGAAACACCUCAAUUACUUGCAAGUUGUCAGAUGUGUGACUUUAAUUUAAACACUGUAGAUUGUGAUGUUUAAAAACGAUAGCAAGAUGACUUAAAAAGCACAUCCAUGUUUGUACCCAUGAAAUGUAGUGUUUUAGUCAAAUACUUUUGAAUAAAUUUUGUACCAAAUAGUUAACUGAUUAGGAGGAAAAAAGCUGGAGAACAUGGGCAUAGGACAGUAAAUGCUCAAAGGUGUGAUAAGAAACUAGAAUGACUUCAGACCAUCACUGUUUAAUAAAUUUUUAUGACAUAAGCUCUCAACUGAGGACUUUUCUCCUUAAGUUCACAAAAUUGGGAGUUUCUGGAGUCUUGAACUCGGUGUGUAGUCACACCUUUGUGCAUUUUCCAUCGAAUUCCAUUGUUCUCAAGCUUUCUUGCCUCCUAACCAGUUCAAUACUUGGUAGUGAACUUGGUCCUUCAAAAGUAGUUGACUAUAACAAAGCUAUUUUGGUACCACCAAUAUGGCCUAUUCCCACCAAGAACAACUUUGCAGGCUGUUUUUAAUACCAAGUUUUCAUUACCCUUGGUUAAGGUACCUUCAGUGCCACUUUGAAGGAGAAAAUUCUAAUGGCCUGUCCGAAUCAAAUGGCUGUGGCUAAGUAACACAAUGCUUCUAUGAGGAGAGGUUGCAGCCACUACCGAGCCACUUCCAUAGGUGCCCAUGUUAUAUCCAGCUACAGCCAUAACAUCUGAACACAGCAGAGAACGUCAAUGUUAACUCCCUAUCAGUAGUGCACAAACGUUGUCAAUGAAGAAUUCAAAAGUGGCAGAACUGAGGAAAUAAUGCGUUAAAGCAUUCCCCAUCAGUGGCGGAUCCAGGUUUUGAGUUCUGGAGGAAAAAUUGGAAAUAAAAAAAAAAAAAAAAACAAAAACCCCAAAUGGCCAUUUCUUUGUUUCAUCCUCAAAAAGAAUCCUUUCUCCUCCCAUUUGCCCCUCUCUCUUAAAGGAGUUAAAAUCUACAUUAAAGAUUAGCACUUUCAGUUCCUUAUAAAAAAGAGGCAACUUUCCUGGGGGGAAGGGGGCAGGGUGCCCUGAUAUGCUAAUAUUGCUGAUGUUAAUGCUUACAUGUAGCUCGAGGGAACACACAAAGUAACACAAAAGCAUCUGUGAAUUUGUUAACAGUAAUUUUGAUCUUUUAAGUAACGCACACCUGUGAUAGAGCAACUCUUAGGAUACAUUAUUACUUUGGAAGGAGUUUGAAUAAAUUAAAUCCAUGUUGGAA